GUUUUACCAAUGGCUGAACGUACCGGUGUGAUUGAAUGGUGUGAAGGUACUAUUCCUUUAGGAGAAUGGCUUGCUGCUGAUCGAGUUGGGGCGCAUCAGCGUUAUCGGCCGCGGGAUAUAACUCCGGCCGAGGCUAAGCAACGCCUUGCCGCAGUUCGGGAUCGUCCACCGGAACGUCGACGUGUGGUGUUCGAGGAAAUCACAGAAAGGUUGAAACCGGUUCUGGCCUACUUCUACUUGGAAGAAUUCCCGGACGUUCGGGAUUGGUGCUUGGCUCGAGCUGCGUAUACACGCUCCUUGGCUGUGUCCAGUUUGGUAGGCUAUCUGGUCGGUUUGGGGGAUCGACAUCCACAAAAUAUUCUUCUCCAUCGACGCUCCGGUGAACUGGUUCACAUUGAUCUGGGUGUGGCAUUCGAUCAGGGUCGUCUGUUGCCCACACCCGAAAUGGUUCCGUUUCGACUGACCCGAGACCUCAUUCAUGCUCUCGGACCGCUCGGAUUACAGGCCGGGUUUGUGCCCGCUGCGGAAACUGUCCUCGCCACACUUCGCACAGGUGGGGAAGUGAUUCUCACCCUGCUCCAGGUGCUACUCCACGAUCCCCUUUAUUCGUGGUCCCUCAGUCCUGCCCAGCUGUGUGCAUUAGAAGUGCGUCGAGCUGAACUACUUCAAACGGCCGGUGCUCAGACCAAAUCGAACUCGGUGUUUGCAGACCAAACCAACUUACUCGGGGAUACUGUUCGUGUGACUGAUCGGUUGAAUACGACGAAAAACACCCUGGACAUGAGUAUCACGAAUAUGGACACCACGCGCACUGGUCCAGGGCGAACAAGAGAACCGGUGAACCAAUUGGCGGAACGUGUUUUACUGGGCGUACGAAGCAAAUUAGAAGGUCGUGUGACUGGAAAUCUGGCUGCCUCUUCCGAUGGCAAUCCUGCUCGAUGUGGUGGUUUAGACCAGCUGGAUGUGGCUGGUCACGUGGCUCUACUGGUUCGUGCUGCCACCGAUCCGGCCAACUUAUCACGCAUGUAUUUCGGUUGGCAGGCCUAUCUCUGA